ACGAACUCCAUCUUCUUGUGGACGUUUGUCGGUUUCGUCUCCGACAUCGGCUCGUGGUUUUGUCUCCACUCCACGCAUCGAACAACCUCUUAGGGAGGCAAAUUGAUCUCGGUAGCUAGGAAUGACCAUGGUCUGGUCGAAUUCUCUGGUAUGCCUGGCGCUCUGGCGGCAGUGUGAGUUUCUUUUGAGGUGAUCAGAUUGGGAUUUGAGCUGACGCUUUCUCGUCUGGAGAAUUCGAUUGCAUCUGGCCCCAGAAGCAUUAGGCAAUCUGAGAUUGGUGAGGGCAGACUCUGUCUUGAAAAACAUCCAUCGCUUCCCAUCAAGAAAUUACGCAGGAGAUUGCUUGUAGAGUUUAUGGGGUUUAUUCCAUCUGUCCUAUAUGCUCUUCCCGCUGUCGCCGCACCUAUGUUCGAGAUGAAGGAACCUGAAGUGAUUCGGACGUCGAAGCUUCCAGAUGGGGUGAGGUUUCAAGAGAUUGUUGAAGGGGAAGGACCAGAAGCCCAUGAUGGAGACCUUGUCGAAGUUAAUUAUGUGUGCAGGCGCUCAAAUGGGUAUUUCGUUCAUAGUACUGUAGAUCAGUUUAGUGGAGAAAGCAUGCCCAUUUUACUUCCACUGGAUGAGAACCAAAUCAUCAAAGGUCUCAAGGAAAUUCUGAUUGGCAUGAAGGUUGGAGGAAAGAGGAGAGGAUUGAUCCCUCCUUCUGUUGGAUACAUAAACGAAAACCUGAAGCCAAUCCCUGAUGAGUUUGGACCUCAGAGAAGCCUUUUGUCACACGCGAAAGAGCCUUUGAUAUUUGAGGUGCAGCUAUUGAAAGUGCUAUGACAUUGUUUCGUGAUAUCCUGACAAUAUUCCUCCUGUGUUCGUUCAAGUUUUUCACAUCUGAGGAAUGUCUUAAGAUGCUCAGACAUCCUCAAGAAGACCACUACUCAUGUUGGUCUCACUUGAACAGGAUCUGCUCUGUCAAGACAGACGGCCCCUCCCCCUGCCCCCUUUCCUCUCUCCUUGCUUUUUUAACAUGCGUGUGCGUUAGCAAUGGGAGCCUGACUUGAUUUGAUGACCCCCCUUAAUUUUUUGUGCAAUCUUUUACCAAUCUUCUUUCAUUUUCAAAUGGGUGGAAUCGGGCGAUGACAGACACGUAGGUUAGGUUUGCUUGUACCAUGUAAUUUAUUGUUAUACCGUAUGUACGUCGCAAAGCAAUCACUUUCCCAUUUCGAUGUAAAUACAACAUUAGUUGUAGUUUCAGUUCCUAGUCGUGACAAUCUGCUGCGGCACGCACGCAUAUUGCUUAAGAAGCUACAGCUUUUCUGAUAA